CGCAUGUUGUGUUUUCUUUGUAUUUGUGAUUCUAGUCUAUUGUUUUAAUCUUAGGUCACCAUCAAAUAUUCAAAAGGCGGCAAGGAAACAAAAAUGGAUUUGAUGGUGAUGGAGAAUAUCUUCUUUAAAAGAAGUAUAUCGAUGGUAUAUGACCUUAAGGGCUCUGCACGUUCUCGUUAUAACUCAGAUACAACGGGAACAAAUAAGGUAUUAUUAGAUAUGAAUCUAUUAGAAACACUGCGUACAAAACCCAUAUUCCUUGGAAGCAAAGCAAAAAGGAGCCUGGAAAGAGCUGUUUGGAACGAUACAUCCUUUUUAGCGUCAGUUGAUGUGAUGGACUACUCCCUGUUGGUCGGGGUGGACGAGGAGCGCAAGGAGCUGGUUGUAGGGAUAAUUGAUUUCAUGAGGCAAUACACUUGGGACAAGCAGUUGGAGACAUUGGUAAAGGCAUCCGGCCUCCUCGGUGGACCAAAGCACGCAUCGCCAACUAUUAUAUCGCCAAAACAAUACAAGAAAAGAUUCAGAAAAGCAAUGACGACCUACUUUCUUACAGUCCCGGAUCAAUGGCCUUAGUUUCUUCAUGUCACGCACCUCAGGGUAAAUGGAUAUUUGGUACAUUCUUUUAGUUUGGAAACCUAUGGUCGAGCCAAUGCUUUUUAUUGUUUGUACAUCACCCGUUAAUAAAAUGUCAAAUAGAAAA